AUGACACCUCCCUCGGACCCUCCCGAGCGGCACUGCCUCGUAACCGUCGGCGCCACCGUCGGAUUCCGCGCCCUCACCCAGCAAGUCCUCGACCCGGCCUUCUGGGCCUUUCUCCGAUCCCGCGCCUUCACCACGCUGCACGUCCAGUGCGGGCCCGACGUCUCUUGGGCCAGCGCCAGGCUCUCGGAGCUGCUGCGGGAGGAUGAGGGCCGGGAUGACUUCUCCGUCGAUGUCUUUGACGUCAAGGCCAAUUUGAUGAGCGAUGAGAUGAUGCGCUGCAAGGGCCAGGACCGGUUCCGCAUCCAGGGACUCGUCAUCUCUCACGCAGGUACCGGAACCAUCCUGGACGCGUGGAAGCUCGGUGUCCCCCUCGUCGUUGUGCCCAACACGGAGCUGCUCGACGACCACCAGACACAGAUGGCCCGCCUUCUGGCCACCGAGGGCUAUGCGACAAUGGCCGAAGCUAGCCGUGAGAGUCUUCAGGAAGCAGUGCUCAAGGCCGAGCUCCUCGCUGAAAACAAAGAGGCCAGCUGGCGGGCAAACGCAACCGACCCUCGGCAGGGAGAAGCUCUGCGCCUAUGGGACAUACGGCCAGACGAAGUCACGAGAGAGCAGAAGGCGCAGAUGUCACACGACUGA